AUGGACAGACAGCUUAUAGGCCUCAUGCGCGGCGGACUCGGCGGCGGCGCCGCCGCCGGCCCUGGCCCCGGCCCCAGCCCCGCGCCGGCCGCCGGCGGCGCCCGGGGCGCAGCGGUCGCACCCACGCCGCAGCAGCAGCAGCCGAUGCAGGCGGUUCUAGGGACUCUGCGGGGCGUCGCAUCCGGCGCGCUCGCGUCCGCGCUGCUCGGCCGCCGCACUGCGAGCUCGGACGCCGCCGCCGCCGCAGCCAACGCCGCCGCCUGCGACCCCGCCGCCGCCGGCUUCGCUACAGCCACAGCGGCGGCGGCGGCGGCGCCCUUGCGGCAGGCGCGGGGGCAGGAGGGGCAGGCGACGUCGCUCAAGCAGCUGAUGGGGUUGCCGGAGGGGCCGGUGGCGCCGCCGCCGAUGCGGUCGCUGCCUGCGGCGCCGACGAAGGUGUUUCCGGCGGCGCACAAGGGGUCGGUCUGCAGCGUGGCCGUCAUGCGGCCGGGGCACUUUGUCGCUACGUGUGGCACCGACCGCGGCGUCAUAGGGUGGGACCUGCAGAACCUCACCAGCACCAACGCGUACCAUGGCGCGGCGGGCACUGUCAACGACGCGGCCUUCACGCAGGACGGCCGCCGGCUGCUGGCGGCCUGCGGGGACAAGAGGAUCCUGUCUUGGAGCUUCGAGUCGGGGCGCCAGGAGCACACGCUGACGGGACACGGGGGCGGCGUGCUGUGCGUGGCGUGCAGCGCGCUCGACGCGUCGGUGGCGGUGUCAGCGGGGGAGGACCGAUGCGUCAAGGUGUGGGACCUGCAGCGCGGCUUCUGUGUGCGCAGCUUGCCCUGCGCCAAAAUGCCCUCGGCCCUGGCACUGUCACUGGACGGCACCACCAUUCUCACAGGCCACCUUGACGGCAGCCUGUGUCUGUGGGACAUGCGCCAAGACAGGGCUGGCGGCAAGGCACUGGCAGAGGCCCUUGGCGCGCGGCGCCAUAACAGGGGUGCUAUGACAUGA